AUGAGUGGAAGAAAACAGGUGAACCUUUCUAGACUGCAAAAGAUGCCAACGGUCACCGGAGCCCUGGGCGCUUCACCUGCAGCAGGUCGAGUGGCCUCGGGAACUUCUGGGAGCCGAAUCCUCCUUGGGGCCUCCUCUCCUCUGCUGGCUCCUAUGGGCAGCUACCUGAGCAUGUCGGAGCCUGUGGCCCCGGCUGGCCCCGCCCAAAGCGCUGGGUUAUGGCGUCAAGCCUGGAGCUCUCCGCAGAUGCCGAGGGACCGGAGCCCCUCCUCGGAGGGUGACCCCCAGACUGUGGAAGCGCUUUCCCGCCAAGCCGCCCCUGGAGGCCGUCCUGGUGCCAGCUGUUCCUGGCCCCCAGGAUAA